AUGAAGCCACAUCAAGCAAGACACAAGGAAGUAAAUGUAGUUUCUGCUGAUUGGUGGAUAGCUGACUGGGCUGACUGCAACUUAGAAAAUCUUAAUCAAUCAACUUGUCUUCUUGAUGAUAAUCAACGAAUUGGCAUAUCAGGGGGUUUUGUCGUGUCACUGAUAAUAAUUGGAGCUCUUCGUGUCAUAUUGUAUUUUAUUUUGCUGCUAAAUGCAGCUAAGGUUGUACACAACAAUAUGUUUGCCAAAGUUUUGAAAGCUCCCAUACUGUUCUUUGAUACAAACCCAAUAGGUCGUGUGUUAAAUUGCUUCUCCAAAGACAUAAGUUUUCUAGAUGAUCGAUUACUCUAUACCUCUAUUGACUAUCUUGAUGUUCUUGUCCGGUUUUUGGCCAUAAUGAUUACAGCUUCAGUUGCUAAUCCAUAUGUAUUAAUAGCUGUUGUUGUAUUAUUUGUUUCUUCUUUGGCUCUCCGGUGGUACUAUCUAAAAACUGCAAGAGAUAUUAAAAGAUUGGAGGCACUAGCUCUUAGUCCUAUGUACUCUCAUUUGUCUCUCACAAUAAGAGGAUUGUCAACAAUUAGAUCAUAUUCAAUGGAAGAUGAAGCAAUGAAUCAGUUUCAUGAAUUUCAAAAUCAGCACACUCAAGCAGCUUAUCUUUACAUUGUCACUUCAAGAUGGUUUGGUAUGAGAAUUGAUACUAUUACUACCAUAUUCAUAGCAACUGUUGGUUUUGCUUCUAUACCAUUAUCAUCAAGUACGUAA